AUGUCUGACAUGAGUGACCUCGAAGAUGACCAGACAGGUCACUGUGGUUCCGGAGAACACAGCGGGCCGUUUGAUCCGAAGCGGCAUGCUCGAGAACAGCACAACGCUCUUGAACGACGAAGACGUGAUAAUAUCAAGGAUAUGUACACAAGUCUGAGAGAAGUAGUCCCUGAUGCCAACGGGGAAAGGGUUCAAGCAUCGAGAGCUGUCAUUCUGAAAAAAGCAAUUGAGUCGAUCGAAAAAGGCCAAUCCGAUAGUGCAACGUUGUCAGUUGAUGUUGCCGAACAAGAAUCAAAAAAUGCAAAACUCAGAGAAGAGAUAGCUCGCCUGAAAGCCAAGAAAGAUCCGUCAUCGUCGCAGUCGAUAAUUCAAUAAUAACUACCGUGUAUGCAUGCUCAAUAAUGUAAUGUAGUACUAACCAUUCCAAAAUUGCCAUAGUACAAUAAAUGUUUGCAUUU